AUGUUAAUUAAUGCUAUUUCAUCUUUGUUCGGAGCUUCUAACUCCUCUGUUACCAAUACAAUCAAAUCAAGUGGUACUGGUGCAAUGGUAUCUCAAGGAACCAAUCAUCUUUCAUUAGUUAGUACAAACAUUCAACAUGCUACUCAAAUUAAUGCUGCUGGUACCAAUACCAACGUAGCCGGUGCUCACCAAAUAGAUGUUUAA